AUGAUCGAGCAUUCUCAGAGUCAUUCGGCUUGGGUCAUUGAGGAUGAGAGGGUACUAUUACUGAUCGCUCAGGCCGGUUUUCGACCGUGUUCGACGAUUCGUUAUAUUAGGCUUGAUUGGCCGCUCAUCACUGCACUUAUUGAGAGGAGGAGGCCAGAGACCAACACCUUUCACAUGCAUAUAGGGGAGUGCACCAUCACCUUACAGGACGUGGCCGUCAUACUUGGACUCCGGAUCGAUGGACCGGCAGUUACGGGCACCGAUGAUCAUAGUUGGCCGGAGGUAUGUGCUAGGCUUCUUGGUCAGGUUCCCGACUUGAGGAGUGGUGCGAUGAAGCUAUCGUGGCUUCGUCAGACAUUUCAGAGCGACAUACCAGAGGAUGCCUCUAUUGAGACGCUUCAGUUUCAUGCUCGUGCAUACAUAUUGCACAUGAUAGGGUGCGUACUAUUUCCUGAUGCGAGCAAGACUCUCGUACAUGCACGAUGGCUACCACUGCUGGAGGAUUUCGGUGUAUGCGGCGCACUAUCGUGGGGCAGUGCGGUGUUGGCAUAUUUGUAUCGAGAAUUGAGUAGAGUAUCUCUGAUGCAGAAUAAAGAAUUCAAGGGAUGCUGUACGUUGAUACAGAUUUGGUCAUGGGAGCGCAUUCAUAUUGGACGACCUACUUUACUUAUGCACCGUGACUUGGAGGGGCAGUAUCCGUUGGCAUACAGGUAUAACGUGUGA